AUGCGAAAGUUGGAAUGGGACGACAUGGGAGUGAAGGUUGAUGGUCGGCAGCUACACCAUUUGCGCUUUGCUGAUGACAUCGUACUGAUAACACCUAGCAUCAGCCAAGCGGAACGAAUGCUGACCGAAUUCGACGAAACAUGUGGAUGCAUCGGUCUUCAGCUGAAUCUACAAAAGACGAUGUUCAUGCGGAACGGAUGGGUCUCGGAUGCCCCAUUCACGCUCAACGGAACGAACAUAUCCGAAUGCACCAGCUACGUUUAUCUGGGUCGGGAAAUAAACAUGAUGAAUGACCUGACCCCCGAGCUGGGCAGGAGGAGACGAGCGGCUUGGGGAGCGUACAAGAGCAUCGAGGAUUUAUUGAAGAAGACCAGGAACACCCGGCUCCGUGCUCACCUCUUCAACACCACCUGCUUCCGAAGCAUAGGUCAAAGCACUCCUUCCUGCUUUGACCUAUGCUUCGGAAACCUGGGUAUUUCGCAAGCAGGAAGAAAACGCGGUGAGCGUCAUUGA